AUGAGUAAGGAAGUUAAAAAGAAACCCAAUAAUUCUCCCAAGUCCUCUCGGGAUUUAACUAAUUCUCGCACGGGAGAGCAAAAAGAAGUUAAACCGAAAUUGCCAGAGCAAGAAAGAAACCUUCGUUUGUUGGCCGAUUUAGAUAAUCAAAAAAAAUCUUACCUCAAAGAGAUAAAUGAGUUAGUAAAAUAUAGUAAUGAGAGAUUGCUACAACGGCUGCUCUUUUUUCCGGAUAACUACGAAAGAGCAUUACAAGUCAGCCAAAAUGAAAAAGAUCCCAAAAUUCAGAAUUUCCUGACGGGUUUUCGCAUGGUUUUGACGGAAUUCCAAAAUAUUUUAAAGAAAGAAGGAGUGGAGGAAAUAAAAAUUACCCUUUGCCAGGAUGUUUACGAUGACAAAUUACACCACGCCUUAGAAGUAGAAGAAAACAACGAUUAUCCCGAAGGGACUAUUUUACAAGUUUUCCAAAAAGGUUAUCAAAUUCACCAACGAGUUUUACGUCCCGCCGAAGUAAAAAUUAGUAAGCCAAAAGAAGCCGAAAAAGAAAGGAAAGAAUAA